UUUAGGCCUUUUUAUUAAAAGAGUGUAGGUCUGUGCUGGUAAGUUUAAAUAGAUCAAAUAUAAUUUCCUUUGCAACAUAAUGAGAAGCAGCGGAAAUUCACCCCCAUAAGCUGAGUGAAAACAAAGUUGAACACAUUUAUUGUUAUCCUCUGCACCUGUAUUUCUAGAUAUUUUCAUGCUUAUGUGCUUGAUUUGAAUGCUGUGUAAAAAGAAACGCUUGGCAGACUGUGCAUUUGAUAUGUUAAACCGGUGAAUUUAAAUUGAAAUCCAUUGACUGCAUCAUUGUCACAGACCUCUGCAGGGCAGCAUUUUGGCAGGAGUGCGCUGAGGUGGGGGGUGAUGGGGGAGGAGGGCUGUCAGCUGGUUUUGAUGGGAAGCAGUGAAAACAAGCAUAAGAGCAUCUUGAAGACUUCUUGUGCUAACAUUGCAGUGAAUCAGAGGAAGGCUGACGAAAUAAUAAUAACAAUGAAACUCAUAAUUUAACAAUUAACAAUAUCCUUUUUUUUUCCUUUCAGAAGAACUGUCCUGGACUGAGAAGACAAGAAAAUAAGAUGUAGCCCUUUGACUGGAUCCUCACUGCAUAGAUCUCAUGUAGCAAUGUGACAGUCCAUCAGCACCUUUGCCCUCCAGGGAUUCAGGAGAAACAAGCACAAUGUCUGACAGCAAUGAUGUGUGGGAGUCUCCUGGUUGUGGAACAAGGAAUGUGCUGGAGGACACGGGGGACACAAGUGGAUUCUCUGAACAUGAACUCCUUGACAUCAUGUAUAAUGCGUGUAACGCCACCAACGCAGGAGAGGUGUCGGCCUCGACCAUCGUACAGUACCUGCAGACCAUGACGGCCCAGAGUUCGGAGCAGGAGAGACUGGCUGCUCUGCGACAUCUGCUCGACCCUGACUGUCAGGACCCGCUUGUGAGCAGAGAGACCUUCCACACGACUAUGAGGGAGUGGAUCGCCCAGUGCAGCCAGGACAGUACUGACGUGGGCAGCAGUAAUGCAUCUUGGCCCAACUCCUCUCAAGUGCCUGUAAAUGGGCUGGAUUUCUCAUGUUCUCAAAGCAAAGCUACUUCCUCAGAAAGCCACCAGUGUGCCUGUGAUGGAAAAGACCUGUCUGGCACAGUGGCUGAACUGAAGCAAGCUCACCGCAAGCUGAGCGAACAGAACAACAGCCUGUUGAGGACGGUAGCUCAGUGUGAGGAUGUAAACCUGCAGCUCACUCUGGAGAUCAAUGAGCUGCGAGCAAAGCUGGCCAGUACCCAGCGGUCAGCAGUGAGAGCCAGAUCCCUGUCAGAGGAACUCGAGGAGACCUGUCGCGCAUUUAAAGAGGCCCAGGAGAGAGCCAGUCGCACCCAGACCAACUGCACCCAACUGAGCAAUGAGGUUGAAUGCCUGAAGGUUCACAUUAGGAGGCUAGAAGACAAGAAUGAAAAACUCACCUUUGAAAGGACAUGUUCUGAAGAUAGCAUCAGCAAACUGCGGAAGGUCAACACUGAGUUGAGGGCUGAGCUUGAAGAAACCCUGGUUAUGUUGACUCUGAGAGACAGAGAAAUCACAAAGAAAGACAUUCUUAUGGAUAAGAUGAAGAAAUCUCACAUGGAGAAUCACAACAUCAUUGAGGGUCUGCAGUCACAGCUGAUGAGGUUACAGGAACAUUCACAGCAAGUUCUGUUGAGGUACGACAGACACUGUAUCAAUCCUCAGAGUCUCUACAGUCGAGAUCCUCCAAACCUGCGCUCUCUGCAGAGCGAGAUGCAGGACAUGCAGCAGCAUCACAGAGCUCUGGACGACAUAAGUCUCCCCUCCCUGCACACACACAGUGAUGAUAUUCAGAGCAUCAUCCACAGGAUCAAGUCUGCAGAAAUAGCUCAUCUUCUGCACAAUAAGUAUCCUGAGAGGGAUUCUGCCUCUGUAGAGACACAGGAGAGGCCUUUUCCUCAACGCCAGCAGCAACAGGCAAGCAUCAAGCAGCAGCUUCUCAAUGUGCUGCAGGAGCUGGAGCUGCAGAAGUGUUUGUGGGAGGAGAAAGGAGAGAAGGUGGAGGAGCGGUUGAGAGCCCAGGAGAAGGAGCAAAAGCAAAGCCAGACCAGGAACCAGACACCGAACCAGGAGGCCAAGAAGGUGGCCAUUGUGAACUGGUGGAAAGUCCUCAGUGUGGAGGGGGCUAAGGCCCAGACAAAAGAAACCCGGUCGACCCAAGAGCUCUCUGAGAGAGCCAAGCUCCAGCAAGCAGAGCAGACGAUCUCUGAUAUGAGGGAGCAGGUCUGCCAGCUGCAAGCCUCUCCCAAAUCUGUACAGGAGUGUGUCAGUGAGCGAAAAAACAGCAGUAGAGUUGUUCUUAUACACAAAGGAACCAACACUGAGAGCAGAGAAGCUGGUGAGAAGGUAGUGAAGGAUCAGAGGGAUGCAGCGGUGGCUACAGAUCCUGUGGAGAUCACAGGCGGAGCAGCCUCAGAGCAGGAACAAACCAAGAUUCGGGUGACCGCAGACGGACUUCUGGUGACCCUCCGAAGGAUGGAGGCAAUGGUCAACAAUGCCCUGGUGACCGCCGAGCUGGUGAGAGAGAGCGAGCAGAGGGUGAGCCAGGUGAGAGUGAAGAUGGAGAGCAUCACUCAGAGGGUGGAGGAGGCUCUGGGCCGAGCAGCCGACACUGACAAGCAGCUGAGCAGUCUAGAGGCCAGGAUCACAGAAAAGGCUCCAACUCAGCUACCAUGUCCCAAACUGUCAGCUGACCCUGGACCAGACGCCACCGGCUUUACAACUGAGUCUAAUGUCGAAGUUAAAGACAGAGACAGAAAGGAGAGCCCUCCUCCAUCUCUAGUAAUCCCAGAAGUCAGUGAGCCUCCACAGCUACCCAUGAAUGGUGGCAUAGGACGAGGCGGCUGCAACGAGGGCUUGCAGCGCCAGGAAGAGGAGAAACACUUGCUGCAAGGAUCUCUACUUGAUCAAAGUGGCCAUAACUUCAAGGAGUACAGUGACGCCUCCUGUGCUGCUGAGAGACCCUUUAUUUUCCCCCACACCCGCUCCCGUCCCUCACUGCCCCCCGCCAUGCCCACACUGCCCGAGGAGGAAGAGGACUCCCCCGAGGAACUGGACAGUUCAUCAAGCUCUCCCAGUACAUCUGCACCAGGUGAAAGUCGAGCCGUUGUCAUGACUGCCCCCACUAUCAUCUACCCACAGAAGGCCACUAUUUUCCAACAAGAUGGACGUCCACUGGAGCAGGCAAGGCCGCAUAGUCCCAGAGCUCGUCUGGCCAGAAACUCCUCUGGAGGACCCAUCACCACAGUCGACAGCACAGGUAAUGUGAUUGACCUGGUGAAGGAUCAGCUGCCGGAGUUGCAGCUCUCUGAGGAGGAUCGACAGAAGAAUCUGGAGCUGCUGGAGCAGGCCAAGAAGGUCAGCGACCGCUUCCUGACGCGCCGCGGCCGUCGCUCCACCAGCAGCCUCACCGACUCACCCACAGGUGUUUCUCCGAAUCCAACUCCAUCAUCUUCACCAUGUUCUUCUAGAAGCAGCUCACUGACCGUCUCCCCUCAAACUGCUGUUGGACCCACAGAGGCGACACAUGUCAGCUCCCAGCCUGCUGGUCAGCAUCUGGAGGUUCCUUCUGUGAGGGAGCAGCCUGAUGUGACGACCCAGGAUCAGGAGGGCAGCAGACUGUUGGUGGAUUGGAAGCCCACUGAGAAAAGGAAAGUGUCCUCUGGGACUCUAAAACCCCGUUUUAACGUUCCGAAAGAGAAGUGUGAUCUCGCUGCACCUAAAAGUCCUCCAGCAGUCAAUAAAACUGAUGAGGGAACUGGUCUGGGCCGAAACCCCAACCAGGCCCCAGCCACAGGGGUCGCCAAGCCCGUCCCUCGACCACCUACCCAACAGGCUCCCUGUACAGCAGAGAUCAAGACGAUUGGGGCCUUCCCUCCUCUAAUGAGGGCUGUUUCCUGGGAUGCAGUGGGUGGCCUCAAUUCUAGAAAUGGAGCCCCUAGUUUCCCUCCUGCAGCGGAGGAAACCUUCUCAGAAAAGCCCAGGGAUGCUGUCUUCAAAUCCUCAGGGUACAAGGACCUCCCCGUCCAGCCGGGGAGCACACAGAAACUGUCUAAACUCAGAGAGGAGCACAAGCUGAUGCGUAACCAAAGCGUAGUCGCAUCCAAGUUACCGGACUUAAGUGAAGCUGCUGAACAGGAAAAAGGUCCUCCCGUCUCUCCAAACUCAGCCAGCAGUGAGGAGACGAAGGAGAAGUCAGACGCCAUGCCAAACAUUUCAGAUGUGAUGCUGAGAAAACUCAAACUUCACCGGGGUCUACCAGGCUGUGCACCCCCACUUACUGAAAAAGAAGUUGAGAAUGCAUUUGUCCAGCUGUCACUGGCAUUUCGUAAUGAUAACUACACUCUGGAGACCCGGCUCAAACAGGCAGAGAGGGAGAGGAACCUGACUGAGGAAGACACUGAGAAAGAACUGGAGGAGUUCAAAGGCGCUCUGAAGAUGACGGCACCACAGUGGCAGAACCUGGAGCAGCGUGAGGCCUACCAACGCCUCAUAGAGACGGUAGCGGUGCUGCAUCGUCUGGCCACACGGCUCUCCAGCAGAGCGGAGAUAGUCGGAGCAGUUCGACAGGAGAAACGUAUGAACAAGGCCACUGAGGUCAUGAUGCAAUAUGUGGAAAAUCUGAAGAGGACGUACGAGAAGGAUCACGCUGAGCUGAUGGAGUUUAAGAAGCUGGCCAACCAGAACUCAAAUCGUUGUUAUGGAGGGUCUGUAGACACUGGAGAUGAUGGAGUUCCUCGACCGUCAAGAUCAAUGUCCCUCACCCUUGGAAAGGCUCUGCCCAGGCGCAGGGUGAGUGUUGCAGUGGUGCCUAAGUUUAACCUCCUGAAUAUCCCAGGUCAGUCCCCAGCCGCAGCUGGCCCCGGCUCCAACUUGACUUCAGGUCCCAACGUGGGACCCACUGCCAGUGCUGCUCUUCCUGUUCUGAGUGAAGCAAAUGAUGUGAAAGGAAACGCUUCAUCAGAGGCGGCACAACCAGCAACAGAAUGUGGAAAGAGUGUGGCGGAGCAGGAAAGCGAGCCAGCCAAGCCUGCAGUCAACUUAGAGGAGAUCAGAGCUGAGAUCAGAGCUGAGCUCAAGGCAAAGAUCGAGGAAGAGGCGUACAAUAAAGGCUUGCAAGAGGGACUGAAGCAAAGCAAAGCUCUUCAGGAAGAAAAGCAUGAAGAGGAGGACGCUGCAGAGAAACUGCUGGAAUCAAAAAUUAAGGAUGAAGAGAGUGGAAAGAAGAUAAAGACCAGCAGGAGGCUGGAGGAGGUCCUGGUUCUUUUCGGGCGGUUUUGGCCCAAGAUUACCUGGAGUAAGCGACUUCUCGGGAUCGCCCUGAUAGUUUUCCUGGUGAUGUGUCUGGUUAUCAGUAUUUUUACAUUCUUCAGUGACUACUACAACAGACGUGAGGACACGUAAAAAGGACUUUAUCAAAGGCAAGAUAAAGAUGUUUGAACCAAAGAACCCCACUAGAGAGACCCCAGUCGACCUCUGUCUCUGUCACUUUACCAUAUCACGACAGUCGGACUCACUUGAAUCCACGACCCUGACUCACGGGUGUCAAAGACGUUUUUUGGGAGGUUUUAUGGAUAAUGUUGCCUUUUGCAUGAUUAACAGAAUUAAGUUAUAAUUUUGUUUGGAUUGGAAAGUGGACAGAUUGUUUGCUGCAGUGAGAAAAAAUAGAUCAUUUCUGUUUAGGGACCAAUUACAGUAUAGAGUGUACAAUAUAGUAUAUAAUAGAAGUAAAUUCUGGUACUUUUGAUGAUAAAUAUGGCACUUUUGAUAAAAUGCCACAGUAGAUUAAAAAGUGUACAUUUAUCUGCACUCUAAUGUUAAUGUGUAAUCUCUCAGGUCCAAUAGAUAAUAAAGCCCCUGAGUGAAUAUCAACUCAUAUUUAAAGAUAUAGAAAAUAAAGGAAUGUUUUAUUUGUUUUUUAAAUUUCUAUACUGCGUAUUUAAAGAUUUUAAAGUAUAAGCACAUUCCAAAGUAGUUCCUAAAGUGCAAUAUUUUUGCAAUUGAUGGUUCUCGUUUGUGCCAUUUUGGAUUGUGUCUUCAGAGCACUGAACGAUUUUCUUAUUGUAUGAGAGCACUCAGUAGAUGGCAUGAGGCUUAUUUUUAUCUUCUUUGCACAUGUGUGUUUACCUGUGUUGUUUUUUUUUCUUUGUGGAUUUUAUGUUCUGCCACUUCACCUUUAAAUAAAGGUGCCUGAAAAGA